UACCAAACUUUUACCUGCUUGGAGACUCUAUUUAGAAAAAUGAACUAUGAAUGUAAGGAAUCAGGAAGCAAAGACGACUCUUGCGUCAAGACUAAGAUUAGCAGCUUUUAUCAUGAAAUUAAGCUAGGCCAGCAGCUUAAAGAAAUGAAGAAGGUACAGUUGAAGCCAUUAAAAUUGAAGACUUUAUCAGCUGAAAGUGACAAUGAAAGUGUAACAACAUUCUCAUCGAUUGAGCCCUUUGAACUCCCACCUCCUGCAUUGACUCCUGAAUAUGAGAACUCCGAGCAUAGUUUGAACAUUGACUUGUCAUCUGGAAGCCCAAGUCUUUCAAGUGAUGAUCUCUCAGAGAGUUUCACUUCCAAUGAAGAGAGCUCAAUGACUACGAGUAGUGAAGAAGAUGAAUUUUGUUUCAAACUUCCACCAGCAGCUAUUCUUAGUAGCAAUGAUGAGAUCCUUAGACCAUCCCUAUCAAGAAAGGGAGGAAGCUGGGGGACAAACAAGUUAUCAGACGAACUCAAUGCUCGAUUCAAUCUUCUCUCCAUUAAUACAGAAAAGAACCUCGAUUACCAAGAAGAUGACCAGAAAAUUCACCCAGAGUCCAUACUCAAUUUCUUGAAGAAGAACUGCCCAAUAGGUCAAGCCAAGCUGCUCUCUACUCCAGAAAAUAGAGACCUGAAGGCUCCUAUUAGAUAAGGUAUACCUUCUA